AUGGCUUGCAUGACCUUCAUGCGAGGUUUCAGACGUGUUAACUCUGUUAACUCGUUAACGUACACCAUAGCAAGCCUUCCUAGACGCCACUUCUGUUCUGCAGAAAGUAACGACGAAGAUCAAUCGCACAAAAACGCCCGAGACAUUGAAGAAAAUUCUCUUCCUCAAGGAAGAAACCUCGAAUUGGUUGUGUCAUGUUUACGAGUGGAUAGAGUGAUUGCGAGUGGCCUCGGAAUGGGUAGAAGGUUUGUGUUACAAUGAUCUGGAUUCACGAGACUUUGGGCUAAAUAUCCAGCCAUUUGGGGAGGCUCUAUUUGCGUCCUCGGACCCAUGAAGAUUUUUACAAAAUAUAAUUAAGUAAUUUAAAAAUGGGCAGUACUACUGAAGACAUGUUACCCUGCUGCCCUUGCACUGACGUCACUUUUCAAACCAGAUACAUUUCCUGUUACUGUAUUCAUGAUACCUUUUCUUGUUUGGUGAUACCGUGUUCUUAAUCAAAACUCCCGAUGUUUUACUUGUAUCUUGAAGAGUUGGAAUGCUUUUAAUAUGAGAGUAUCACACACACCCCUGUCCCUCCCACCCUCCACCCAAAUCUUCACAUUCCUCAUCCUCUCACCCUUUAGGAGCAAAUCCACAAAAAAGGUAAGGGUGCUGGCUAUACAGUGACUAGCCUGUUCCAGGCGUUCCGAUCAUAAGGACAGCGCAAAGAGAAUGAACGCCUGAAACAGGCUAUACAGAAAAUUGUCAAAUGACUUUUACUUGUUCGCAUUUGUGGAAAACUCUUAAUGGGUUUCAUGGCAAUAAAUUGGCUCAGAAACCACAUUAGUGAAGAAGAAACACACAACUUAAGUAAGGUUAGCUGAUUUUAUUUAAAUCCUUUCACAUGUGUAGGUUACAGAAACUGCAAUCAUAUAUUUUAUCAUAUAAUUCAUUACAAUUUAAACGUUACACGUACAACAGUACCAGUGGUUUCAUAUUUUGAGCUUGGGCUACCUCUGGUUUUCUAGCUCUAUUUAAUCUCUAGCCUCUUCUAUCAUGUAACCCCCCCCCCCCCUCCCUUCCCAUAAACUUUUUCAUUUGCUUUGAUUGUUUAUUUGAUACUUUGUGAUGUUAACUUUCUAAGUAACUGGUUUUGCAGGAAAGCAAGUGACUAUAUUGCUGCCAGAAAAUUAUUUGUAAACAAGGAGAACUGUAAAAAAGCAUUUUUGGAGGUAAGCUGUCAUGAUCAUUUUUUACCUUUAGCACUGUUAAAGUAGUGCCUUGCAUUCGUUCAAGUGGUUGCCUUUCAGAAGUAAAAGCUAUAUAAUUAAUCAAACAAUCAAAGUUUAUUAGAAGAAGCUGGUACAGUUGAACCUUCACUGAAGGCCACCUUUCCACAAUGGCCACCUCUCUACAACAGCCACUUUAUUUGGUGGAUACCAUCCACUGACUCUUGUUUAAACCCCGGGGGUACUCCCAUACAUUACCUAUACGGGUAUGUGCCGCCCAAAGGGGUCGUGAUUUUGAAGCUCCUGGUUUAGAACGGGGUAUCCAUUUCAGACGCGGUUUCUAGAAUGGGGUAUAAUAUUUCGAACACACGAAAGCUCUCCACUUUUGUAAGUAGCUAUUUGAAAGCAUUCAAGGACAGAUUGCUUUUAAAAUACGGUUCAGUGCGUUAGGAAGCAAACGGUUGUACUCUUGUUCCUCCCUAGAACGGAGUAUAAAAAAUUGGCCCAUUUCUAGAACGGGGUGUUAGUUUUAGGGCUAAUUCGAGAACGGGGUAUAAAAAAUUGGCCUAUUUCUAGAACGGGGUAUCAAUUUUAGGGGAAAUUUUUUCUAGAACGGGGUGCCAAUUUGGAGUCCCGGAUGGCACAUACCCACCCAAAAAAUACCCAAGUGCCCCCCCCGGGUUUAAACCUCUCUACAAUGGCCGUUUUCUUCCUUCCCAUGGAGGCCAUUGUGCAGAGGUUCAACUAUAUCCUUAAACUGAGGAAACUUACACAGUUUAUUUUAUUGUUUUAGGUUAAAGAAGGUGAUGAAAUAGAUCUUGCCUUGUCUAAAGAAAGUGAUGAAGUUGAACUGUCCCGGUUCAGGGUUUUGGCAAUUGACAAAAAUCAAACAAAGAAAAACAAACGGCAUCUGAGUGGCACAAGAUUUUCAAGGAUUUUAAUGCCAAGAAAAGAAUUUGAUGAACAUUAUACUCAAUCUGGUGAAGGAUGA